AUGGUUACUCAUCAGCACAAAUCUUCAGAGAAAGAACCUUCAGGAACAAUCCAUCAUUUAAUGAAGUUACGAAGACAUGUUUGCAUGCCAGACAAAUCGUUUGGAACAAAUGCAUCACGACGUGAAGGCCACGCCCAGCACGAAUUGUGGCCCAUCCCCGCCCAAUGCUUUGUUACAACUGGUCAUCGGGCAGGGCGGGGAGUGCAUCUGUCAUCUUCCGUGGUGUUAUUCCGUUCUAUUUCAUUUGCAAGCUUGUUUGUUGCGAUUAAAAACGGGGAUUCGGGAAGUGUUCCAAGGUAG